AUGCCUCAAUUCACCUUCUACGCCCACCCCAUCGCCACGGCACCAGACCGAGUCCAGCUCGCCAUCGAUGAGGCCGGCUUCACAGACUACGAGCGCAUCACCGUUGACAUUCCCAACAAGGAGCAGAAGACCCCCGAAUACCUCGCCCGCAAUCCCUUCGGCAAGGUGCCUACCAUCGUCACCUCCGAUGGCAUCACCAUGUACGAGUCCCGUGGCAUAGCCCGCUACCUCUGCACCCGCUACAACUUCGACCUCCUGCCCAACCCCAACGACAACGCAGCAGUCGCCCUCUUCGAGCAAGAAUACUCCUGUGAAACCGCCUGCUUCGACACUCCCGUCUCAACCGUCCUCUUCGAAUCAGCUUUCAAGCCGUUGCUAGGCUUGGAGACCGACCCGGCUUCCUUGGAAAAGAACAGAAAGGCCCUCAGCGAGUACCUUGACGUUGCCGAGUCGAUCUUCUCCAAGACCGGGAAGAAGUUCUGGGCCGGUGACAAGUUCACGCUAGUCGAUAUUAACUAUAUCGUUCCGCUAGCUAGAAUGUUUGAGCGCGGACAGGGUGAUGUGAUCACAUCCAGACCCGCUCUCAAGGCAUGGUGGGAUCGUUGCAACGAGAGACCCGCCAUCAAGGCCUUCAUCGCCAAGGUGCCGAAUGUCGAUGAGCUUAUGGCCCAGUUCAAGCAGAAAGCAGAGGAAAAGCAGUAA